CUAGAGUUCGCGUGUGUAUACAACCAAAAAGUUUCUUUGUCUACCAUUUUGUAAGUCUCUUACAAUUCUGGCUAACACAUUCAAAAAACUGAUCGCCAAAUAUCACAGGCCAAAUUGUUUCAUCUCGAAGUCCGAUAAAAUAUACCUAAAAUUCAUUUUCGGGUUUUAUUCUAUGUACCAUAAGAGUUACACUUAGGCAGUUUCGUUUAAUUAAUAUUCGCGGGAAAUUCACCUUAAAUUUUGCGGUUAGUUCGAGUUAGUAAGUUAAAGAAGACCAGACAAGAUGCCAGACGUAAUCAACAAAAACAAUAACACCUAUGCCAACGAGAUCGGUCGCUUCUCCAAGAACCAUCCGAAUGUCGGACUGUUCAACCAGCUUAGGGGAAUCAGCGUCGUCAAUGGCGACAUCAAAGAUCUGUCCCCGAAAGUCAGGGCUUACGUGGAGGAAAACAUCGACCUGUGCCAGCCCGAACAGGUCCACAUCUGCGACGGUACCGAGCACGAAAACUCCCAUCUCCUGGACUUGAUGCAAAAGAAGGGCACGAUCAUCCCGUUGCCCAAGUACCAGAACUGUUGGUUGGCCAAGACCAACCCCGCCGACACCGCUCGCGUUGAAUCGAAAACCUUCAUCUGCACCGAGAAACGGGCCGAGACCAUCCCAACCACCAAGCAGGGCAUCAAGGGAACCUUGGGCAACUGGAUCUCCCCGAGAGACAUGGACUCCGCCGUCAAGGAACGUUUCGCUGGAUGCAUGAGAGGUCGCACCAUGUACAUCGUCCCCUAUUCCAUGGGACCCCUGACAUCUCCGCUCUCAAAAAUCGGCAUUGAACUUACCGAUUCACCCUACGUGGUCGCCUCGAUGAGAAUCAUGACAAGAAUGGGCAAGGCUGUUUUGAGCAAGCUCAUUGAAACUGAUGAAUUUGUGAAAUGCCUUCACUCGGUCGGCACUCCGGCGAACGGAUUUGUGGAAAUGCCCAGCUGGCCUUGCGAUCCGGAACGCACAAUUAUCUUGCACAAACCGGCAUCCAAUGAAAUCGUCUCUUACGGCAGUGGAUAUGGUGGUAACUCACUCCUGGGCAAGAAAUGUUUCGCUUUGAGAAUCGGCUCCACCAUUGCCAAGAGGGAAGGAUGGUUGGCAGAGCAUAUGCUGAUUUUGGGUAUCACCAACCCUCAAGGCAGAAAGCGUUACAUCGCCGCUGCUUUCCCAUCAGCUUGCGGCAAGACCAACUUGGCCAUGAUGACACCUUCUCUACCCGGAUACAAAAUCGAAUGCGUUGGAGAUGACAUCGCCUGGAUGCGCUUUGACAGCAACGGCCAACUGAGAGCCAUCAACCCUGAAAACGGAUUCUUUGGAGUAGCCCCCGGUACUUCAAACAGCAGCAACCCGAUUGCUAUGAAAACAGUGUUCAAGAAUACCCUGUUCACUAACGUCGCAUCAACCAGCGACGGUGGAGUUUUCUGGGAAGGAAUGGAAAAUGAAAUCGACGACAACGUCAAAAUCACAGACUGGAGAGGCAACCACUGGGUCAAAGGAGAAAGCAAAACACCAGCUGCCCAUCCCAACUCAAGAUUUUGUACGCCGGCUGAACAAUGCCCAAUUAUAGAUCCAGAAUGGGAGGCACCCGAGGGAGUUCCGAUUUCGGCAAUCCUAUUUGGAGGCCGCAGACCGGCUGGAGUUCCCCUCGUUUACGAGGCGAGAAACUGGAGACACGGCGUGUUCAUCGGCGCCGCCAUGAGAUCCGAAGCAACGGCCGCCGCCGAACACAAGGGAAAAGUUAUCAUGCACGAUCCGUUCGCAAUGAGACCCUUCUUUGGUUACAACUUCGGCCACUACUUGGAGCACUGGCUGAGCAUGGAAAACCGUUCCUCAACUCUGCCCAAGAUCUUCCACGUUAACUGGUUCAGAAAGGACAGCGACGGCAAAUUCUUGUGGCCCGGAUUCGGUGAGAACUCCAGGGUGCUGGAUUGGAUCCUGAGGAGAUUAGACAAUGAAGACUGCGCUUUGAACACACCCAUUGGACUGAUUCCCAAGGAGGAUGCCAUCAAUCUGACUGGUCUGAAAGAGGAGAUCAAUAUGAAAGAGUUGUUCGCCCUGCCAAAAGACUUUUGGCUGGAGGAAACCUAUGCUAUCGAUAAAUACUUCCAAGAGCAAGUCGGUAUGGAUCUCCCAGAAGCCAUCAGUGCUGAACUUAAGAAUCUUAAGAAACGUAUCAAUGAAAUGUAAAUCAAUAUUCCAUAAAUGUUUAAAUGUUUUUAUGUGUAGCUAUGACAUUAUUUACUUCUAUUCUUGAAGUAUGCUGGUAUUAUAUGUACGUUUUUAAAUUUUAGUUUAGUUUUAAGUAUUUUUUUAAUUACAUUAAGCUGUGUAAAUGUAUAUUAUUUUACUAAUAAAGUAUCGUUUAAUUUAAA